AUUCAACAGAGUGGAAUUGUGCAGCUCGCCGCAAACACAUGCAGGUCCAGGGAGAACGAGGGGAGAGAACGCAGGAGAGAAAAGGAGAAAAUGAUGGAGGAAGGUUGUUAAGAAGGAGGGUCUUUGGGGGUGGGGAGAGAGAGUGAGAGGAACGGGAGGCUAGGAAAGAGUGUGUGGAGAGGGGGCGGAGGAAAGAGAGUAAAAGAGAGAGAGAGAGCGAGAGAGGCCCCAGAGCUGCUACUGAUGCUGCUGCUGCCGCUGCUGCAGCCGUUUGACAAUUCCCCACCCAUACAGAGCGCGGAAGAAGGGAGGAGAUCAGAGCAAGGAUGAAGAAGGAGUAAGCGACACCUCAGUAAAGAUGCUCCUGUGCUAAGGCGGCGCGAACGAAAGCAAAGCUCCAUGCUGCCUUGCAGGAGAAAAAUCGUUUGAACCUUGAGUUGAUCAACCACCAUCUGAAGGCAUCCAAGUAUGACCAGGUGCAAUCCGACUAUGACCGGCUGAGACAGACUUUUGCUGUAGUGAGUCAGGAGAGAGACGUGGCCCAGGAGCAGAGGAGCCAACUCCAGGAAAAAGUGGAUAACCUGGAACACGUUUUAAAGCAUAUGCAUGAGGCUGUAGAGCUAAAGCAACAGUUGCAGACAGAGCAUGAGCAAGCCUUGGUGGCCCUUCACACCAAGCAGAAGGAGAUCAAUCAAUUGCAAAAGGCUUGGGUUCAAACUGACCAAGAGCAUGAGGAAGCAGUACACCUGUUAGAGGUCAGGGUUCGUGACCUGGAGCAGGAAUGCCGGUCACACAGUGAACACUUUCACCAGCUGUCCAAAGAGCUGCUGAAUUUCCGCCUGCAGUCAGAACCUGUGAAUAUCCUUAAAAGUAAUACCACCUCUGCAUCCCAGAUCCCGCCCUCACCACAGAAGAAACUCUCGCAGGUCAGAUUUGAAGCCCAGCCAGAGACAGGUGAUGAGAGUGCAGCAGACACGCCGCUGCUGAUCUCCCAGUUCUUGCCCUGCUCACCGCAGACUGGAGACGGAGAACCACCAGAGCUGCUGUCUGUCAAAUCCAGCACCGUGACAACGGACCACCCCAUCCACCCCCGACAGUUUCCCUCAUCAGAGAUGGAGGAUGAGGCCAGCCCAUCACCCAGGUCCAAAUCUCGCUACACAGGCCAGGUCCGCCUUUGCACUGCCCGAUACAGUUAUAACCCUUACGAUGGACCAAAUGAGCAUCCUGAAGCAGAACUCCCCCUUGUGGCUGGAAAGUAUCUGUAUGUGUAUGGAAACAUGGAUGACGAUGGCUUCUAUGAAGGCGAGCUGCUGGAUGGCCAAAGAGGACUUGUUCCUUCCAACUUUGUGGAGUUUGUCCAGGACAAGGAAAAACCAGGCAUUCAGGCUGGAGACGGAGGGGAAGAUCUCGGCCCACUUGAGCACACAUCCCUAGCCUUGACGGCUGUGGACGGGGGUGCCUCCCAGGAUGGCCUUCUGAGCUCAGCAAACGCCUUGGUUCCCUGUAGCAAUGGGACAGGUGGGCCCUUGGAUCCUGAGGACCUGGCGGAAGACGUUGUGCCUUACCCCAGAAAGAUCACCUUGAUCAAGCAGCUGGCACGGAGUGUCAUCGUGGCCUGGGAGCCUCCACUAGUGCCUUUGGGCUGGGGGAACAUUUCUAGCUACAAUGUGUUAGUAGAUGGGGAGCUUCGUGCCAAUAUACCAUACGGUGGUCGGACCAAGUGUUUGCUGGAGAAGCUGGACCUGGACGGCUGCGUCCACCGUGUGUCAGUGCAGAGCGUCACAGACCGGGGCUUGUCAGAUGAGCUGCGCUGCACCUUGCUGGUGGGAGCCAAUGUGGUGGUGGCGCCGUGCGGUUUGCGCGUCGAUGACAUUCAGCGUGACACUGCCGAGCUCUCUUGGUUGCCUAGCAACAGCAACUAUGCUCACACUGUGUUCUUAGACGGGGUAGAGCACGCAGCGGUAAAACCGGGAAGGUAUAGACUACGGUUCCACAACCUGAAGCCCCUGACAGUUUACAAAGUGACGGUGGUGGCGCAGCCCCACCAGGUGCCGUGGCAACUGCCGCUGGAGCAGAGAGAGAGGAAGGAAGCCGGCGUGGAGUUCUGUACUCAGGCAGCAGGGCCUCCGCUGCCACCCCAGGAUGUUCAGGUGCUCUGUGGGCAGGCUCCAGGGGUCCUGCAGGUCUGCUGGAAGCCCCCCCUCCUCUCUCCCACAGGCACAUCCAAUGGGGCAAAUGUCAUUGGUUACGCAGUCUGCACUAAAGGGCAGAGGAUAGCUGAGGUGCUGUUCCCUAUGGCAGACUAUGUUACGGUUGAACUGACAAGGAUUCAAUGCCUCGAGGCCAGGGAAGUCAUCGUUAGGACACUGUCGGUCCAGGGAGAAUCCCAGGACUCCCAAGUUGCUGUCAUUCCAAACAACCUGCUUGUGCCUCUACCUCCGCUUCCCCUGCCACCACCAGUGCAUCCUCACGCGGGCCCCCCUCCACACCCCCAUGCUCAACCUCUCCUCCAAUCCCCUCACCUUUCUCACCCCCCACCCCAAUUUCCUGCUCCACCCCAUGGACAACAACUGCCGCCCCAUCCUCCACAUGCUCAACCCCAUCCCAGACUCCCCCAUCAAGGUGGACCCCCGCAACCCCAGCUUCGUCCUCCCCAUCCCCAGCCGCAGCCCUUGCAUCUUCAGCCUCGUCCACCCCACCAAGGUCCCAGGCCACAGCACCAACUGCCUCUGCUGCCCCACCCCCAACCCCACCUUAUACCUCUGAGACCAGUAAGUGCCAGAGACCUGGAUGCCAAAGACCAUGCGGCCCAUCACGGGGGAGCUAUUCUACCUGGCCAACCUGGCUGGGACCCUACACGCUCUCCUUGUGUCCAGCCUCCAGUGCCCAUGCAAGGCCACACCCUUGAAGCCCCAUCACCCGCCAAUCCACGGUCUCCCUCACCCCAGAGGAUUCUUCCUCAGCCCAGAGGCACGCUUAUCCCGGACACUGUGGCCAAAGCCAUUGCUCGAGAAGCAGCUCAGAGGGUGGCAGCAGAAAGCGGAAAGGGUGACAGAAGGCAGGGCAGAUAUGGAGAACAGGGUCAUUCAUUUCACCAGCAUCACUCUGAUGAGGAAGAGGAAGACGAGGAAGGGUUUGCUCGCGGUCGACGGAGAGGACCCUCGGUUGACGAGUUCCUCAGAGGCUCUGAGCUGGGGAGGCCGCCUCACUAUAGUCACAAUGAAGAUUAUCACAGCGAAAGCAGCCGGGGCUCUGACCUGUCUGACAUCAUGGAAGAGGAUGAGGAGGAACUGUACUCUGAGAUGAAGCUGGAAGAGGGACGUCGACGCAACUCGCACAACACACCCAAGACAACCCCUGUUGGAGGCCGCCAUGAUCGGGAUAGUGGGAGACGAGCGCAUCACGGCGGUCCCCAGCCUCAGAGACGACCCCUAAUGGUCCCCUCCAUUGAUGGCUACAGGGAUCGGGAUCGCCGCACUCCCACGUACUAUGAUGAGUCAGAGCCAGAGGAACCCUUUAGGAUCUUUGUGGCUCUCUUUGACUACGAUCCUCUGUCCAUGUCCCCAAACCCGGAUGCUGCUGAUGAAGAGCUGCCCUUCAAAGAGGGGCAGAUCAUUAGGGUGUAUGGGGAUAAAGAUACCGAUGGGUUUUACAGAGGUGAAGUGAAAGGCAGGAUGGGCCUGAUCCCCUGUAACAUGGUGUCAGAGAUACGAGCAGACGAUGAGGACACCAUGGACCAGCUCAUUAAACAGGGCUUUCUGCCGCUCAGCACACCUGUGGAUAGAAUAGAGCAGAACAGAAGAGGCCUGCGUCGAGAUCAGGCCUCCAGGAGGAUGGUGGCUCUGUACGACUACGACCCCAGGGAGAGCUCUCCUAAUGUUGAUGUUGAGGCUGAACUCACAUUUUGCGCUGGUGACAUCAUUGCUGUGUUUGGUGACAUUGACGAAGAUGGUUUCUAUUAUGGUGAGAUCAAUGGCCACCGUGGUUUGGUUCCCUCUAACUUCCUGGAAGAAGUGCCUGAUGACGUGGAGGUUUAUCUGACUGAUACUCCAUCCCACUACCCCCAGGAAGAGCCCGCCAACCGGCCUCCUGCCAACUCCAUCCCCGCCGUCUCAGAGAGCAAACGGGCUACCACAGAAACUACCGAAGCCGUCAACAAUGACACCACACCCGUCCGGGCGCCGUCCCCGAUUGUUCGCCCCCUCCUCCCUGGAACCAUGAGGCCCCUAAGCCCUACAAGGGGUCCCCACGUCCCAAUGGACCCCCGGGACUCUCAAGAUCUGGCAAACAAGAAGAAGAAAGGACUGCUUUCCAAGGGAAAGAAACUCCUGAAGAAACUCUCCCCUGUGAAAUAAAAGAACACAAACAAAAUUAAUGUACAGUAAGUGCUCAUGCUGGGCUCUGUGUAUUGCAUUCAUACAAUCAACUCUGAUCUAACAACACGUGACAGA